AUGGAUGUUGUAGCGAAAGUUAUUUGCAGAAUGUACUCGAGUGCCAUCCAUCGCUGCACUUUUCGUUCUCAUAGCUUGCAGCAGCGUACAAUGUUGCUGCUUCUGCUCUGCGUUCUAAUAUGCUCAACCAGUUCGGCCACAGUCGUUAGUGAAAGGGGUGACGUGGUGUUAAAGAUAAAUGACGUGGUCCAGCCGGUAGCCUUUGAUGAUUUUCAGCCUUUGCCACCAUUCUGGAGUAGCACCGGCCUAUGUCCACCCGAACCGCGGAAUGAGACUGCGGCAUUUCUGCUGUCGAAAGCAAUGCACCUUAACCUGCAGUUGAUAGGUUCGCUAAGCGAUCGUGCGAUCAGCUAUGUGCGCAUCCAUUGGCUUCUGGAGCUUAUCCAAGUCUCGAAUGACAAAGAGACGAAGGUCCGUUACGAUUUCGCCUACCUUGAUCAGCUGCUGGACCGACUGCACGAUAUCGGUCUUUAUCCUGGGUUUGAGUUGAUGGGCUUACCCCAGGGCUACGCUAAACCACACCCUACAGCUCACUUUUGGGAGAAUCUAGUAAGCCGCAUCGUGCAGAGAUAUGUUGCUCGAUACGGAUUGCAUACCGUUGCUCGCUGGAGAUUUGAAUCGUGGAACGAACCAGAUCUGCGUACCUACAAUGUACUCAAUUUCACCGUAUCAGAUUAUCUGGAGUAUAUUUUGGCGAUUCGGGCAGGACUUGAUCAUGUCCGUAAGCUACCCGAGACCCCGAAGCCACCUUCAGCUACACUUUUCCAGCUGCAAGGUCCGGCAGGACUGUUCAAAGCAGAGACACACCAUCCGCUUUGCUGGGCUGCCGCAAAGCUCUGCAAUAGUGGCGAUUGUCCUUUUGAAACGUUUACCUUUCACCGGAAAGGAACCGGUCGUUGGGCAUCGGAAGUGUUGUCUUCAACGCAGCAACUGAUGGAGGAUUUGUUCAGCCGGUUUCCAAAUAUCCGUCGGAUGGGCUUUGCCAACGAUGAAGCAGAUCCCGUUGCCAGCUGGUCAACGGCUCGACCAUUUCAGGCGGAUGUACGCUAUGCUACGAUGUUGUUUUCAAUUGUAGCACAGCAUUGGUCUGCCAUGGCGGACACGAACGGAACGUUAUUAGCCAGCUUUCGUUUCCUUUCGCACGAUAACGCCUUCCUCAGUUAUCAUCCGUAUGAGUUCGAGCAGCGCACGCUUUUGGCAAGAUUUCAGAUGAACGAAACGCAUCCACCACACGUGCAAUUUAUUGCGAAGCCCGUGUUUUCGACCGUCGGCAUGCUAGCCACAUUGGGCAGUCAGGCAAUUCGUACCGCGUUUCGCGACAAUAACGUGUCCUACAUACUUUCACAUGAGAAUAGAAGGUACUUGUGUCUGCUGAUAUCCCGGUCGAACGACAGCUCAGCAAUGGAUAAACGGCGAUCGCGCAUAAAGCUGACUAUUCCGCUUUCGUUGCUUCUCCACGCGGGUGAGAGCCGCAAAGGAUACACGGUUGAGGCGUUACAGGACGGAAAAACAGAUCCGUUUCGGCUAUGGCACUCGUUUGGUCGACCGGCAUAUCCAACUAUCGAACAAUUGGCCGCUCUUCGAUCCGUUCAGUUUCCGGCAGUUUUGAACGGUGGACCAGCGUUAAUAGCGAGCAACGUUACAAAUCUACAACUUAUCUUAACUCUUGACGCACCCUGGAUCGUGGCGGUACGGAUUUGCAGUGACAAGUUCCCUCCACCUGGCCCGGUAUGUCGUGUUAGCGUGAUGCAGGUGCACGAUGGGGAGUAUAUCAUAUUUUGGCAACCACCGAAAACGGCCAACUUGAGAUGCUUGUUUACGUAUGAAGUUUGGUUUAAACCAGUUCAACUUUUAGGAGAACCACGGCACUGCCCAAAGAGUACUUGGCAACUAAUCAAUCGAGGACAGCAUACGCCCUUUGCGUUUUUCCAGUUCCACAGCUCAUCUCCAACAGGAUACUACAAAGUUCGCGCCGUUGAUAUACUACGCCGAACUGGAAGGUUUUCUACCACUUAUGCUCAUGGAUAAUGACUCUAAACCGUUCGCGAUCGUUUUUAAAUUGAUUGCGUUAUGUUAACAUAUUUAGGGUUUAACGUAAAAAUAAACAGACAAAUAUGUAACUGAA